AUUACUUUUUUUCUUCUUAAUAUAGUGCUAUCCAUGUUUCCAAACAAACCUAUUUUUUUAAACUACAAUCUAUGUUUCCAAUCAAACCUCAUUUUUAAAACUGCAAUCCAUGUUUCCAAACAAACUUUUUUUUAAACUACAAUCUAUCUUUCCAAACAAACUUUUUUAAAAAAUUGCUAUACAUGUUUUCAAACAAACCUAAUUUGUACUUGAGUUUUAAUAAGAUAGAUAUAAUAUUGCAAAUAUCAAAUUAGGCGCACUUCGGAUCGUCUCUCUUUAUUGCUUUCUUGUUUUAUUUGUAUCAAUCAUGCCACAUUAUUUGCAACUUGCAUUUUAACCCCAAAAAAUAUUUCCAAGUUGUACUGAUCAUGAAAGUAACAACCUAAGCAACAAACAUGCCAGAAAAUAACUAAUAAUAUAUUUAUACGCUUUUUUAUUUACUUCGAUGAAUUUCUCAUUUCUUAAUAUAAUAAUGCAAUCUUAGGUGAUUUCGAAGUUUUAUUAUAUCAGUAGUGAACCAGUUUUGAAAAGAUUGCCACUAAUAUAUGAAAUAACGAUUUUGGAAACAUAAUUUAUACUUAGUUUACCUGCAUUUGAAAGAUACCAUUAAUAUAAAAUACUUCAUGUGACUAAAUGUUAUAAUUUUUUUUAUGACUAUUAUAUAUAUAUUCCACUUAUCAUUAUAUAUGCGCAAGAUUUCAUCGCACUUUUAAAAUCUAGCCGUCAUUCGAGCAGGGCUUGCGUCUCUAAUCGAUGUUAAAGUUGAGAUUGUAUUAAUCAAUAUUAUAUGUGAUUUAUUUAUAUUAUUUUUUUUAAAAUAAAAUAUGCAUUGUUAUCCAAUACCAUACAAAUGGUGUGAUUUUUUUUUUUUUUUGCUUAAAAUGGUGUGAUAUGUUUCUGUGGAGUUACUUACUAUUUUAGUUAACUCCGCAAGUUCUGAAGAGGCGUAAUUAACAGAUUUUUAGAAACGAAAAAAAAAACUAUAGAGAAGGCCAAGUGAGAUAUGUGAGAUGUGAAGAAACGAACACUAAUUAAUAAUUAAACAAAAUGACUUUAUUUGAAUUAUGAGUACAGUCUUAGUUAGUGUUAUAUCUAAAGUGGCAAACAAAUAGGACUGAUGCUGCAACACGUGAUGAUUAAUUUUAGGAUAUAUAAUUUACAUAACUGUUGGGCUGAGGCUCAAAUAAUUUUUUAGAGGAAAUUAAUACCGACGGGUAAUUCAAUCAUGAAUUUUCUUAAUGAAAUAUAAAGCAUGAUCUCACGUCGCAUGACCAAAUAAAUGGCAACUUAAGAUAAAUUACAUUCAAGCACAUUUUUAUUAUAAGUUCCUAUACAUAAACAGAGAAGGUUUGAGAGGCACUAUGGAUGUAAACGAGACUUUUUACCUUUUCAUCGUACUCUUCAGUGAUUCGGACAUGAGCAUUUAUCUGACAACCACUGUGAGAAAGCACCGGAGAGUCGUCUGAAGACCCAUCACUGCACCUUAUAUAUAUCCUUUUCAGAUAUGAAGAAUGUCUCAAAACAAAACUAUAAAAACAAUUAAAAAGGAUUCUUACAUUAUGGAUGAAAACGAGACAUAGUUAAUAAAAGACAAUAAACUCGAUGGAAAUCAUUUCCAAUGUGGGCAAAGUGCAGGACGCCUAUAAAAUACUGGAUGUCAGGAUCAAGAUGAAAAGUGUAAACAAUGAAAUUGUUUUAGAAAGGAGAAGAGAAAGGGUGAAAUAGAUCUAUGAUUUUACCACACAAUAUACUUCUUAUAUUUUGCAUUCUAAUGAGAAUAAUUUGGUCGGCAUUGUAUUAUAGUAUUUACUCGCACAACGUUAUUUCAUUUGUCUCUCUCAAACCAUGUGAACACUUUCAGUACCUCCAAAAAGAAACAGUCACUUAAAUAAUUAAUAUUUUUUUUUUGAAAAAGAAUAAUUAAUGCAUUAUUAGGUUUAUAUAUAUGCUCAUAAACACAUACUAUGAUUUAUUCAUAUUGUUAUUGUUAUUAUUAUUUAAAUGUAUUUAUUCCACAUGGUUUUUUAAAGUAUAUUGACACGAGUAAAGUUAAUGCAUUAUUAGGCUUAUAUAUAUGCUCAUAAACACAUAUGAUUUAUUCAUUACAGAGAAGUAGCUCGCUAUGUCUUAGAUCUUUCAUAUAUCUUCAACUUUUCCUAUCAUCGUUUUCAAAUGUUCCUGAACAUGAAAAUACAUAAUCAGUUAACCAUCCAUCAUAGUUUCUCAGUUAGUUUUAUAUUCAAAUGCAUCAGAGCACUCCUGAACAGAUCUAUUGGUCUAUUGCCUUAAAUUAGACGACAUUUCUGUUUUUUUUUCUUCUCUCUUAUCAUAGUUUCCUCAUCGUUUUAAAUUCAUAUCGGUGAGAAAAAAAGAGAGAGAGAAAAUGUCAAGAAAGCCAUGUUGUGUGGGAGAAGGGCUGAAGAAAGGAGCAUGGACCAUCGAAGAAGACAAGAAACUCAUCUCUUACCUUCAUGAACAUGGUGAAGGAGGAUGGCGUGACAUUCCCCAAAAAGCUGGACUAAAACGAUGUGGUAAAAGUUGUAGAUUGCGAUGGGCUAACUAUUUGAAACCCGAUAUCAAGAGAGGAGAAUUUAGCUAUGAGGAAGAGCAAAUCAUUAUCAUGCUUCACGCUUCCCGUGGCAACAAGUGGUCGGUCAUAGCAAGACAUUUGCCCAAAAGGACAGACAACGAGAUCAAAAACUACUGGAACACAAAUCUCAGAAAACGCUUGAUCGAUCAGGGUAACGAUCCCUUGACUCACAAGCCACUUGCCUCUACCCCUGAACCGGCCACGCCCAAGACUUCUGAUCUCCAAGAUGACUCAAACCCGAGUAACCUAGAUGAGCAAUAUUCACACUCAGGCUCCAUGUCUCCAGAGUCACUUCCUCUCUCUUCAAACUCAUGCAAUAUACUUGAGAUAAGCAACAGUGACGAGACACCGAGAAACUAUGGUUCCUUUAACUCCAAGAAAUUGAGUUCUACAUCAGAACUGUUAAACAAAGUUGCAACUAGGGCAGCUUCCAUGGGCAAUAUCAUAUCAGCGUCCAUGGAAGGAACCUUGAUCCCCUCUACAACACUGUCUCCUCCGUGUCUCAACGAUGGCCUUUCCGAGACUAGUCAUUUUCAGAUGGACGAGUUUGACAUCGACAUGAACUUUGAUUUCAACAAUUCUGAACACGAUUUCUCGGAGUUUCUGGAGCAAUUUAGUAACAAUGCAGCCGAGGAAGCUGAUAACAUUAUAGGAUAUGAUCAAGAUCUCCUUUUCUCUGAUGUUUCAUCAACACGCGUUGAUGAAGACGGUAUGACAAACAUACCCGGUUGGUCCAAUUAUCUUCUUGACGAUUCCGAGUUUUCGUAUGAUACGAACCAAGAUUAGUCGACAAGAACUUCAUAUGUUCCGUUGGUUGCUUACCGGUUUAAAUUCAUGGUUUAGCAAGCCCACGAAUAAGGUUUCACCAUAUAUAGUCUAUAUGUUUACUAUAUAACCAAUAAGGUAUUCUCUUAGUUAGAGAACCAUGUAAUCUCGUGAAUCAGUGAGUAUUUGAUUUGCGAGAAACGCGAGUUUCUAUAAUAAAGCUUGUAUUGUAUGUACUCCUUAUUCUUAAAUUAAUUAUAUUUUCCUUUCUUAAUAUAAAUGUCAAUUUAACACUCUUUUUA